GGUAUUUCAUGUCAGUCAUGGACAGAACAAUGUCCACAUCGUCAUACCAUGAACACCACAUAUCCAGAAUUAUAUAAUGCCAAGAAUUACUGUCGUAAUCCCAAGAACUCAGGACAAAGACCUUGGUGUUUUACCACAGAUAGAAACAAGAGAUGGGAGUACUGCGAUAUCCCUAAAUGUACACCAGUUGAAGGUAACUAUGGCAACUGGAUAUUAAAGAACGUGUGCCAUGUAACUUGUGGUGAAGGUUUUGAAACGUGGACACGAAGUUGUGACAACCCUGAGCCAAAAUUUGGCGGAAGAAACUGCAGUUAUCUUGGAGAACCCGUGGAAUACAGAUCUUGUUCAGCAAGGCCUUGUCCUGUUAACGGUGGUUAUGGCAACUGGAGUGUCAUUAUUCCUUGCAACGUUUCGUGCGGUAAAGGAGUGGAAAUAUGGCGACGUUAUUGUGAUGAUCCAGAACCAAAAUACGGAGGCCGCAAUUGCAGUGGGCUGGGAAACUCUACGGCAUUGAGAAAAUGUGAAAGAAAACCAUGCUCAAGUAGGAAUAAAUUGACCAAAGAAAAUUAAACCUGUUUAAUCGAGGCCAC